AUGGCUAUAAGUCAAUUGCCACUUAAGGAUCUAUGGAGUUUCACUGUUCCUUGUAACAUUGGUGACACAUCUUUAGGUAAAUAUUUAUUUGAUUUGGGUACUAGCAUUAAUCUAAUGCCAUUGUCAAUCUUUAAGAAAUUUGGGAGCGACAAAACAAGUCCCACUACGGUUACUUUGCAACUUGCUAAUCACUCCACCAUACAUCCUAGUGGCAUUGUGGAAAACAUGCUUGUGCAAGUGGAAAAGUUAAUUUUCCUUAUAGAUUUUAUCAUUUUGGAUUGUAAAGUAGACAAAGAUGUCCUAAUUAUUUUCGGUCGCCCGUUCCUUGCUAUAGGCCGAGAUUUGAUUGAUGUUGAAAAGGGAGAAUUGACUAUGUGUUUGAAUGAUGAACAUAUUACUUUUAAUGCCUUGAAUAAUGUUUCUUACAUCAAUGAAAAUGAUGAAUGUUUUUCACUUGAUGUGAUUGAUAUUUUUGUACAUGACCAUUUGGAGGAAUACUAUAGCGCAGAUACAAAUUUAUGUGAUUUCGAGGCAUUUGAAGAAUUUUUGACGGAUGAAUAA